AUGUAACACCACCGGAAGGUCCGACCCCACAGCUUCCGGAAGAGAAAAAUCGGCCUGAAUGAGUUGAGAUGGAUCUGCAGGAAAAUGUGGCGGUGCCUGUUUGGACCGGAGCGGACCGGGAGGUGUUUCUGGAGCAGGUUUAUCCCGCGCGCAGACCGGCGGUCCUCAGAGGCGUAGACCUGGGGCCCUGUGUGGACAGGUGGACGACUGAAUAUCUGGAGAUGAAAGGAGGUGAGCGGGAGGUGAAGGUCCAUGUCUCCACGGUGCCUCAGAUGGACUUCCUGAACAAAAACUUUGUCUACAGGACUCUGCCGUUUAAGGAAUUUGUCAGAAGAGCAUCUGAAACCAAACACUCUGAUUUCUUCCUGAGUGAGGAUGAGAGCUACUACCUUCGCUCCCUGGGAGACGACGUUCGUAAGGAACCGGCUGUCCUGAGCAAACAGUUCCCGGACCUGGCAGAGGACUUCCACAUCCCCCCAUUCUUUGAGCCCAACCAGUUCUUCUCCAGCGUUUUCCGGAUCAGCUCCUGUGGACUGCAGCUUUGGACACACUAUGACGUGAUGGACAACCUGCUGGCUCAGGUCACAGGAAGGAAGAGGGUGGUUCUGUUCAGCCCCCAGGAUGCAUUGCACCUCUACCUGAACGCAGGUGAUAAGUCCGAGGUUCUGGACGUCGACGCUCCUGAUCUGAAACGGUUUCCUGAGUUUGUUAAAGCGAGAAGAUACGACUGCGUCCUGCAGCCUGGAGACCUGCUCUUCAUCCCUGCGCUGUGGUUCCAUAACACGCGGGCCCUUCAGUUUGGAGUCGGCGUCAACGUCUUCUGGCGCCACCUACCUGCGGACAGCUACGACAGGAAAGACCCGUAUGGAAACAAAGACCCGCUGGCGGCUGCUCGAGCUCUGCAGACCCUAGAGAAGGCUCUGGGCGCUUUGGACCAGCUCCCGGCGGAUUACAGGGACUUCUACGGCCGGCGGAUGGUCCAACGCAUCACAGCCCGCACCCAGAGACCCAUGGAAGAUCUGUGAGGCCGAGUCCGACAGACAUGAUGUUUAU